UUCAGAAUGUGGAUUGGUUCCAUAGUGUAGCUGGUUAUCACUGCGGAUUCUGAUUCCGCCAACCCGAGUUCGAAUCUCGGUGGAACCUUCCUUUUACCUUCUUUUUGAUCUCGCUAGCAACAGAGUUGAAUCCAUCUACUAUGGUAUGCGUGCGUAUUGGUUGCAUAUCAGCAUCCUCUCGUUUUGUUCGGUCUUCCCUAACCCGUGAAAGCUGUACAGCUCCAGGAUUAGGUGCUAAUGGGGCUUUCGCAAUAUAUUGUUCAGGACUAGAGCCACGCAUCGGCCACUCCCUGUGGCUUGUGUGGAAACACCCUUGGCACUUACGAGCAAGCUGUGGGAGAAGUAUAUAUGUGUUUUCACUUAAAUGUCGUUGUAUUAUUUCUAAAUAUCAUAAGAAUAUCAACCAAACAUCACUGCACUCAUACAGACGGGCCAUCGACUAUGACGAAAGCGCUGCAGCGAGGUGUAACGCUUUCACAUACAGACCACCAGAGCCACCCAAGAACAGCACUGAUGGCUGGCAGUCGUCGGCCAGCAGCACUCGCGAGGCAGGACCAGCGUGCAGCGGCACAAGCAAUGGCUAUGAAGGGUAGGUUAGGAAUAGCCACACCAGUUGCCAAAUCACAAGAGCAGAUGAAGGGUCGCCAUCCUAUCGAGCAAGAGAGCGUUCUGGUGGCAGGCAAAGUCAAGGCACCCCUUCCAAAUGAGCUCAAAGGAGAAACGAUUCUCACCGGUAAACCGAGCACCGUCGAAUCAUGCCAAGACAACUGGACAGGCAAGGAAUGCAUGAGCAGAAACCAUGUGCUCAUCUACGAUGCGAUAAUUAGAUAUUUGAUGGAGAUUCUUCACAAGGAGUUUCAGAUCCAAGCUGACUUCCAGAACGAGUACAGGCUGAACCUCACAGAGUAUGUGCAGCAAAGCAUCGACAGUUCCGAGUUCAUUAAAAGGGAUGCCGAGCUCCAAUGCACCUUGUCGAAGCAUUGGCAAGAGCUCUCCAAUGAAAAAAUGGAGAAUAUGUAUUUCUUAUAG